CCAAUCGAUGACAGUAUGCCUUUCUACGGUACCAAAAACCAUGAAAUAUUCGUCGAGCAACUCGCGACACAAGUUCGCAAAUUCCAUGCAUCCAAAACGCCAUUUCGCAUCAAUCACGGCUCAAGCAACAGCACUCGUGUUCGCGAAGCUGGUACUCCAGAGCUUCAUAUAGCUCAUCUCAAAAACAUCCUGUCAAUCGACACGACUUCCAAAGUGGCGGUUGUAGAGCCGAACGUUGCUCUUGACGAGCUGGUUGCUGCCACAUUUCCACUUGGCUUGCUACCGCCCGUCGUCAUGGAAUUCCCAGGGAUCACGGUAGGCGGUGGCUUCAGCGGUGCCAGUGGGGAGAGCUCUAGCUGGGCCGAGGGCACCUUCGAUUGUGUCGUCACAUCGAUAGAGGUUGUUUUGGGCAACGGUGAUAUUGUUACUGCGGAAAAAGACGGUAACAAUGCAGACCUCUUCACUAUGGCCCGAUGCUCCCUCGGCACUGUGGGAGUGAUUACCCAGCUCACCUUACGCUUGGUUCCAGCCAAACCGUACAUCCAAGCCGCUUACCACCAUACAACUUCCUAUCAAGAAACUCUCGAACGCACUGGAAGCUUGUGCGAAGCCGAGUACGCGAAAAAGAAUAGUCCUGCAGGGGCACAGCUAGACUUCAUCGAAGCAAUCCAGUACUCACCCACACAUGGCGUCAUCAUAACUGGCAAAUUCUCCUCCUUCAGUGAGGGUCUAUCCACCACAAGGUUCGACCGCGCCCAAGACCCCUGGUUCUAUAAACACGCAGAAGCCACUACCCCAGAUCAUACUGAAUUGAUCCCCACCCAAUCUUACCUUUUUCGCCACGAUCGCGGCGGCUUCUGGUCGGCCAGCUCUUUCUUCAACUACCUCCGUCUCCAGCCCACGCGGUUCUGGCGCUGGGUAUUCAACCCUGCAAUGAAAACGCGCGCCAUCUACAAGUCGCAGCAGCUUGCUGGCGGACCAGGUGUCAACAUCGUGCAAGACUUGGUGCUUCCCGUGCCUACAAGUAGAGAGUUCGCCGAGUGGGUCGACAAGGAGACAGGAAUCUGGCCAAUCUGGAUCUGUCCUCUCCGCGGCGGCCCUAAAGACGUCUGGGGACAACCCUACUGGCAUAGCGUUCCAUCUUCUUCUUCUACCUCUACCGGAGACUCAUCCAACGCUUCCUCUUUUUCAUCUCCAACAGCUGCCGGCAACGGCCACGUCCGUCAAAGACACAGCGAAAAGACCGCAAAAGACGCGCUCUACUUCAACUUCGGCGUCUGGGGCAAAGGUCCCAACGAUCCAUCCCAAUUCGUGUCUCUCAACCGCCGCAUGGAAUCCACGCUUCGCCAUCUCCACGGCAUGAAAGUCCUCUACGCCGAAUCCUUCUACACCGAAGAAGAGUUUUGGUCCCUGUACGAUAAACAAGCGUACGACGCCGCGAGAAAGAAAUGGCAUGCCACGGCUCUUCCGACCGUCUACGACAAAGUCAAGCGCCGGACAAUCAACGCAGAAGACGAGGAUGAAGAAGAGAGCUUUUGGGAGAGGUUGCUUUGGAAUUUUCUGAAUAUCAGGCCGUUGGGGGGAAUAGCGGCUGCUUUGUACGCUGCUUGGGUUACUAGAAGAUAG